ACAGUUCGCUGCCGGCCAUUUCCCCAGCAGUACUCCAAAGUCCAAACCCCUCCAUUUCCUGCACCCCAGCCACCGGAAACUCGCAAAAUCCGUCUCUCUCUGCCUCCAUGGAGGACGACGGCGGCGCCGAGGACCGCCUGAGCGCGCUCCCGGACGACGUGCUCAUAGACAUCCUCGUCAAGCUCGAGGACGCCGCGGCCGCCGCGCGGACCAGCAUCCUCGCGCCCCGCUGGCGCCGCCUCUGGGCGCUCCUCCCGGAGAUCCGCCUCUGCGUCAAGCACCACCGCAUAGCCCCCGCCCUCGCCGCGCACCAAGCUCUCUCCUUCCGCCGCCUCGUGGUCGCCACCGGAGACGACGCCUCCCCCGGAUCCCUCUCGGCCUGGCUCCCCGCCGCCUCUCCGGCUCCCUGGUCCUCGCGGUGGUCCGGCGGGAUCAGGCCGCCGCUGAAGAAGAAAGAGCCGGAGCCGCCGUAGAUCUGCCCUGCUUCGAGAAAGCCACCUCGAUCGCGCUCGAUCUCGGCUUCCUCGCCCUCGCCCUGCCGUCUUCUUCUUCUUCUGGAGUAUUCGCGCGGCUCAAACACCUCCAUCUGGCCGGCAUCCAGCUGCGCCAUGGCAGCGACGGCAGUCAGUCCAAGCUCGGCCACGCCGUCUCCUCCGAGAAAUGCCCGUCCUUGCAGAGCCUCCACGUUCAAGCCGUCCGGAGCCUGGAGGACGACUUCGCGAUCCACUCGGAAUCUCUGCUGCUCAUAGAGCUCUGGGGACUCCAUGACUUGCAGCGGCUCACCGUCGUGGCACCGGCGCUUCAACGGUUGAGAGUGGAGACUUUGCUUCGACGAUGCUCCGAAUCCGUGUGAGCCGGUUGUGAAUGUCUCGGCGCCUCUGCUCGUGUUGCUCGAUUGGAUGGUUGGGUAUGAUCCAAGCUCUGUGGAGCUGGGCGAGUUGGCGCAUCUCCAUUGGCUCGGCAUUGAACUUUCUGUUCUGGAUGAAGAGGACGUAGAGGCUUUUGCAAACAAUCACCAUCGCAUGAAGCAUUUGCAGCGCUACGAGCGCGUCCUCGACUCUCUUAAUAUCGUUCUUUCCUUUCCGCCGGAAAUUGGUACCAACCAAUAUUCGAUGGAAGACAUGCCAAGGCUCCCUAACGUUGUAUUCUUGGCGCUGGGUAUAAGUUCGUAUGGACAUUCCUUUGCAGCCAGCUCAUUUGAUGUUCUCAGCAGCUGCCCUGGUAUACAAAGGCUGGAUCUUGAUUUUCUUCCAGGAAGCCCACCAGAGGAACGAACUCCAUGCCCAUCAGGUUGCGUUUGUCAUCAUCCGCAAAACUGGAGCACCGAUGAACUUGUGCUGAAUUGCCUCGAAGAAGUGGAAAUCCAUGACUUGGGUGGAACUGAAUAUGAAGUUGAUCUUGUGAAAAAGCUAUUCGAUUGGGCAACGGUGCUAAAUCUGAUGAGAGUAUAUUUUGCGGAAUCAAUCACUGAAAGCAAGGCCGAAGAGCUGCGUCAGCUGUUACUAAGCUUAUCUAGGCCAGACAUAUGUAUGAAAGUUAGCAUGUUCGUUCCAUGAUACUACUGGUAACCACGGUUUGUCGCUCACGGCGGUUAUCAGUCCUGGCAUUUUUGUGAGGCUGAACUUCUGUUUGCUUUAGUGGAAAGGGACUCCUUGUGUUCGUAUUGGCUGGAUAGCUGUGAAUGUGAUUGUCCUUGUCUCUUUUACUUA